AUGGCAUCCCACACUGGGAUUCCACCCACCGAGAGCCGUCUCUCAACACGCAUCUCCCUCCGAUGGCUCCCGGAACCCGCUUCCGAGACGACUGACACCAUCGUCAUGUCCGUGAAGGGCUGGUAUGUGGACCUUCGCGUAGAUAAGAAAUCCGGCGACAUUGACUGGGCAAUUGCCGGUCAGCGGGUUGUGGAUAGUAGCGACCCUCGCCGCGUGCAGUUUACCCAUGAGAUUGACUCGCAUAACUCUUUUGAUGAUGUUGACUGUGGUACCUUUACUACGUUGCCGAACGGUGAUGAUCUCGAGACUGGAUCUAUGUCUCGUCCGGAUCUGCCUGGGGCUCCGGUGACGGAGUAUGAGGAGGUAUGGCGGGAGUUGAGCUUUAGGGAGGGUCCCGAGGGACCGGGGAAGGGUGUCUCAUGGGUUUUGGAAUCGAAGCAUGAUCUCGAACUUGGGGAAGGUCAGGAGGUGGAGGUUUCGAGGACAUUUCUGGCGAGGAUCUGGGGCACGUAUCUGGUGGUGUGCCAGAGGCAGGUAUAUGUGCGCUUGGCGGGCUCUAAGGAUGCAGUGGUUAAGACAGGGAAGGGCGUUAGUGCUAGGAGAGAAGAGUGGGAUAGUACUAGGUGGUCGGCUAAAUAUGUUCUUGGUCUUGAGGGCGACAGUUUGCCCAGCGCCCAGGAUGUCGAGGCCAAUGAACAGCUGCGAACACCGGGAGGAACAAUUUUAGUCAAAGGUGAGCCAUAUACAAUUCGGUCAUAUGAAGAAGUUGUAUAG